GAAAAGAGAGUUCUUUUUCUUCUUCUUUAUUCCUUUUGUUAGAAUGGGGAGUAAAUGGAGGAAAGCAAAGUUGGCUCUUGGCUUGAACAUGUGUUUGUAUGUACCCCAUCAAAAGCUUGAAGAUUCAUCUCCAUCGCCAUCAACAUCAGCAUCCAUUAAGCAUCAUCCUGAUACUGCUAACGUUCCUUCAAGGUUUUCUUCAGAUGCAGUCCCUCUCUCUCCUGUUUCUCCUCCGGGCAACGAAAGCCGCCCCACAACUCCCACCCCUUCCUCUUCCGGUCUACGGGUCUCCAAAUCCGCCACUAAAUCUUCCAAUAGAACCUGUUCAAUAUGCCUGGCAUCAUUGAAACUGGGUCAAGGCCAUGCCAUUUUCACAGCAGAAUGCUCCCAUUCUUUCCACUUUCAAUGUAUAGCUUCUAAUGUAGAACAUGGAAAUCAGAUUUGUCCUGUUUGCAGAGCAAAAUGGAAGGAAAUCCCCUUCCAGGGCCCUGCUUCAAAUGUUCCCGAUGGAAGAUCUAGAAUCAAUCCAGCAGAUUGGCCCCGGGAUGAUACCUGGACUACUUCUGUACGACGCCUACCCUUCCCUCGGUUAGAUUCAACUAGGCACAGUUCUUCACUAUUUCAUGCCACUGAACCAGGAACCUUUGAUGAUGACGAAGCCCUCGAUCAGCAGCAAGAGAAUCUUGAACUGAGUGCCAUUGACAAGGAUGCUUCCAAGAAAAAUUCUUUUGGAGCAAUAGACGUUAAGACAUAUCCUGAAGUUUCAGCCGUUCCAAGAGCUAACGGUCAUAAUAAUUUUGCCAUAUUAAUCCAUCUCAAGGCUCCCUGUACAAGUUCUCGUGCGCCGGUUGACCUUGUCACUGUUCUUGAUGUUAGUGGCAGCAUGGCCGGUACCAAGAUUGCAUUGCUAAAACGAGCUAUGGGGUUUGUCAUACAGCAUCUUGGGCCCUCUGACCGGCUUUCCGUAAUUGCUUUCUCUUCGACAGCCCGUCGCCUCUUCCCUCUCCGCCGGAUGACUGAGACUGGACGGCAGGAAGCGUUGCAGGCUGUUAACUCCCUUAUUUCAAAUGGUGGGACAAAUAUUGCUGAAGGGCUUAGGAAAGGUGCAAAGUUGAUAGUAGAUCGGAAGUGGAAAAAUCCGGUUGGAAGCAUCAUACUGUUAUCAGAUGGGCAAGACACUUAUACUGUAACAAGUCCUAGCGGGGAACAUUCCCGAAUCGAUUAUAAAUCACUUCUUCCUCUCUCGAUUCAGCGCAAUGGUGGGACAGGUCUCCGUAUCCCUGUCCAUGCCUUUGGGUUUGGUGCAGAUCAUGAUGCUGCAUCAAUGCAUUCCAUUUCUGAGAUAUCUGGGGGUACAUUUUCUUUCAUAGAAGCUGAGGGUGUGAUCCAAGAUGCUUUUGCUCAAUGCAUUGGAGGGCUUUUAAGUGUGGUAGUGCAGGAGGCAUGUGUUAAACUUGAGUGUGCUCACCCAAAUGUACUAAUUAAUUCGAUAAAGGCUGGGAGUUACCAUACCAGCGUGAUAGCUGAUGCAAAAGCAGGUUCUAUUGAUGUAGGAGACUUGUAUGCCGAUGAAGAAAGAGAUUUUUUGGUGACAGUCAAUGUUCCAGUUGAUGAAUCCGGUGAUGAGAUGUCAUUGCUGAAGGUUAAAUGUAAUUACAGAGACCCCAUAUCAAAAGAAAUGAUGUCAUUGGAAGAUAACAAUGAAGUAAAGAUCCAGAGGGCAACAGUAGUAGGACAACCAAUAGUGUCAAUGGAGGUAGACAGGCAGCGAAACAGGUUCCGUGCCGCAGAGGCUAUGGCCCAGGCAAGAGUGGCUGCUGAACAUGGUGAUCUAACUGGUGCAGUCUCUCUGCUUGAGAUUUGUCGCAGGGUUUUAUCUGAAACCAUUUCUGCACGGACUGGUGACCGGUUAUGUGUUGUACUGUGUGCUGAGCUAAAGGAGAUGCAAGAAAGAAUGGCAAACCGUAAUGUGUACGAGUCUUCUGGAAGGGCUUACGUUUUGUCAAGUUUGAGCUCACAUUCCUGGCAGAGAGCAACGGCACGUGGCGAUUCCACCGAUAGUACAAGCCGUGUUCAAGCUUACCAGACCCCUACCAUGACAGACAUGGUGACUCGUUCUCAAACCAUGUUCUUUGGGAGCCCUCCGCAAUGAAAGUUCCGAAAAGCAGUCAUUCCCAGCACGUCCGUGGCCAAGGUAGUCAUUUGUUUGGGGAAAGCAAGGGGUAUAAACUGGGAUAAUAGGAACGAGGCUCGGUGUCUUUUUAAAUGGUGGGUAUAUUUUCUUGUUCUGAUAUGUGAAGUAAUAAAGAAAAUUAUGGACAGUUGAAAUGACUGGUUUGAGAUUGGGAGAUCAAUGGAGGGGCGAAAAACGAGAACCUGGGAGUUUAGUUGUUUACAUUGACAGCAUUGUACAUAGGGAGCAAUGGUAUCGUUUUUUUCCCCUGAAAACAAGGUAUAGCCAUGUAAUUGUGAGAUACUUGGGGUGAUUUCUUCACUUAAAUAUAUGGUACGGUAUAUCUGUUUU